GCUUGGUGUGUUGUUAAGUCGCCUCGUGUCGUUCUGCAAUGUCGGUACUGCAAGCAUAUUGCAUCACGAUGACGUAUGAUCAAGAAUACUAUAAAUAGGAGUGCAGCGGCUCAUUCUGGCGUAGAGAGUUAAGGCGAAAUCUGUUGUGAUAUCAAUUGUGACAUUCAUAGCGAGAUUCAUUGUGUGAGCCAUUGUGCAAACAUCUUCAAGAUAUUUUACAAAAUAAACUGCGGGAUCAGUUGUGAGUUAGAGAUCCCUCUUGACAGAACAACUGCUUCAUCCAUUGUGACAUCCAUUGCAAGAUUCACUGCGGGAUCAGUUGUGAGUUAGAGAUCCCUCUUGACAAAACAACUGCUUCAUCCAUUGUGACAUCCAUUGCAAGAUUCACUGCGGGAUCAGUUGUGAGUUAGAGAUCCCUCUUGACAAAACAACUGCUUCAUCCAUUGUGACAUCCAUUGCAAGAUUCACUGCGGGAUCAGUUGUGAGUUAGAGAUCCCUCUUGACAAAACAACUGCUUCAUCCAUUGUGACAUCCAUUGCAAGAUUCACUGCGGGAUCAGUUGUGAGUUAGAGAUCCCUCUUGACAAAACAACUGCUUCAUCCAUUGUGACAUCCAUUGCAAGAUUCACUGCGAGAUCAGUGCUGUAUUAAUUAAAAGUCAGAGGUUUCGAUAUAUUUAUAUUUUUGAGACCUCCCGCUUUUAGUCUUAGAGAGAUCAGUCUCUACUAAAAUGAAGCCCUGGAGGAAAAAAAUUAAAUGGCGUAGCUUCUGCUGGCCAUGGCAGUGCUCAAACCUCAAAAGACAGCAGUAUGCCAGUGAGGUUUACAUUCAAACACAGGCAUAUUUCAGUGAAACAGAGAUCCAGCAAGGAACAGAUGCGGUACCCUCUUCACCUGACAAAGUGGCAAAACCAUUAAAGGAUCAUGUGACGCCUCAGCAUCAAACCUCACUUGAUGACUUCAAAUUUUUUACACAUUCUCCAGCCAUCACAUUGGUAGAACCACUGGUGAUUGAAAUGACCCCUCAGCACCAAACUUCACCUGUGGAAGAAGAACAACUGCCAAUGAGGCCAUCGUUCACGGAGAAAGUCUUGACUCAGGCACAGGCAACAGAGCAAGAGAGACCUCCUGAACACUGUGAGGAAAGAAAGAUAAGAAAGGAGCCACUGGUGAUUAAAGUAACCCCUCAGCACCAGAUUUCACCUGUGGAAGAAGUAGAACUGACACUGUGGCCAUCCUUCACAGAGGAAGACUUGACUCAGGCACAGGCGACAGAGCAAGAAAUACCUUCUGAACGCUGUGAAGAAAGAAAGAAAAGAAAGAAACCACCGGUGAACAAAGUAACCCCUCAGUGCCAGAUUUUACCUGUGGAAGAAGAAGAACUGGCACUGUGCCCAUCCUUCACAGAGGAAGACUUGACUCAGGCACAGGCGACAGAGCAAGAGAGACCUCCUGGCCACUGUAAAAAAAGGAAGAAAGGAAAGAAACCACAGGUGAACGCAGUAACCCCUCAGUGCCAGAUUUUACCUGUGGAAGAAGAAGAACUGGCACUGUGCCCAUCCUUCACAGAGGAAGACUUGACUCAGGCACAGGCGACAGAGCAAGAGAGACCUCCUGGCCGCUGUAAAAAAAGAAAGAAAAGAAAGAAACCACAGGUGAACACAGUAACCCCUCAGUGCCAAAUUUUACCUGUGGAAAAAGAAGAACUGGCACUGUGGCCAUCCUUCACAGAGAAAGACUUAACUCAGGCACAGGCAACAGAGCAAAAGAAACCUCCUGGCCGCUGUGAAAAAAGAAAGAAAAGAAAGAAACCACAGGCGAACACAGUAAUCACUCAGCACCAAACUUCACCUGUGGAAGAAGAAGAACUGGCACUGUGGUCAUCCUUCACAGAGAAAGACUCAACUCAGGCACAGGCGACAGAGCAAGAAAGAACUCCUGGCCGCUGUGAAAAAAGAAAGAAAAGAAAGAAACCACCGGUGAACACAGUAACCACUCAGCACCAAACUUCACUUGUGGAAGAAGAAAAACUGGCACUGUGGCCAUCCUUCACAGAGAAAGACUCAACUCAGGCACAGGCGACAGAGCAAGAGAGACCUCCUGGUCGCUGUGAAAAAAGAAAGAAACCACCGGUGAACACAGUAACCACUCAGCACCAAACUUCACCUGUGGAAGAAGAAGAACUGGCACUGUGGCCAUCCUUCACAGAGAAAGACUUAACUCAGGCACAGGCGACAGAGCAAGAAAAACCUCCUGGCCGCUGUGAAAAAAGAAAGAAAAGAAAGAAACCACAGGUGAACACAGUAACCACUCAGCACCAAACUUCACCUGUGGAAGAAGAAGAACUGGCACUGUGGCCAUCCUUCACAGAGAAAGACUCAACUCAGGCACAGGCGACAGAGCAAGAGAGACCUCCUGGCCGCUGUGAAAAAAGAAAGAAAAGAAAGAAACCACAGGCGAACACAGUAAUCACUCAGCACCAAACUUCACCUGUGGAAGAAGAACUGGCACUGUGGCCAUCCUUCACAGAGAAAGACUCAACUCAGGCACAGGCGACAGAGCAAGAGAGACCUCCUGGCCGCUGUGAAAAAAGAAAGAAAAGAAAGAAACCACCGGUGAACACAGUAACCACUCAGCACAAAACUUCACCUGUGGAAGAAGAAGAACUGGCACUGUGGCCAUCCUUCACAGAGAAAGACUCAACUCAGGCACAGGCGACAGAGCAAGAGAGACUUCCUGGCCGCUGUGAAAAAAGAAAGAAAAGAAAGAAACCACCGGUGAACAAAGUAACCCCUCAGUGCCAGAUUUUACCUGUGGAAGAAGAAGAACUGGCACUGUGGCCAUCCUUCACAGAGAAAGACUCAACUCAGGCACAGGCGACAGAGCAAGAAAGAACUCCUGGCCGCUGUGAAAAAAGAAAGAAAAGAAAGAAAAGAAAGAAACCACCGGUGAACACAGUAACCACUCAGCACCAAACUUCACCUGUGGAAGAAGAAAAACUGGCACUGUGGCCAUCCUUCACAGAGAAAGACUUAACUCAGGCACAGGCGACAGAGCAAGAAAAACCUCCUGGCCGCUGUGAAAAAAGAAAGAAAAGAAAGAAACCACAGGUGAACACAGUAACCACUCAGCACCAAACUUCACCUGUGGAAGAAGAAGAACUGGCACUGUGGCCAUCCUUCACAGAGAAAGACUCAACUCAGGCACAGGCGACAGAGCAAGAGAGACCUCCUGGCCGCUGUGAAAAAAGAAAGAAAAGAAAGAAACCACAGGCGAACACAGUAAUCACUCAGCACCAAACUUCACCUGUGGAAGAAGAACUGGCACUGUGGCCAUCCUUCACAGAGAAAGACUCAACUCAGGCACAGGCGACAGAGCAAGAGAGACCUCCUGGCCGCUGUGAAAAAAGAAAGAAAAGAAAGAAACCACCGGUGAACACAGUAACCACUCAGCACAAAACUUCACCUGUGGAAGAAGAAGAACUGGCACUGUGGCCAUCCUUCACAGAGAAAGACUCAACUCAGGCACAGGCGACAGAGCAAGAGAGACUUCCUGGCCGCUGUGAAAAAAGAAAGAAAAGAAAGAAACCACCGGUGAACAAAGUAACCCCUCAGUGCCAGAUUUUACCUGUGGAAGAAGAAGAACUGGCACUGUGGCCAUCCUUCACAGAGAAAGACUCAACUCAGGCACAGGCGACAGAGCAAGAAAGAACUCCUGGCCGCUGUGAAAAAAGAAAGAAAAGAAAGAAACCACCGGUGAACACAGUAACCACUCAGCACCAAACUUCACUUGUGGAAGAAGAAAAACUGGCACUGUGGCCAUCCUUCACAGAGAAAGACUCAACUCAGGCACAGGCGACAGAGCAAGAGAGACCUCCUGGUCGCUGUGAAAAAAGAAAGAAACCACCGGUGAACACAGUAACCACUCAGCACCAAACUUCACCUGUGGAAGAAGAAGAACUGGCACUGUGGCCAUCCUUCACAGAGAAAGACUUAACUCAGGCACAGGCGACAGAGCAAGAAAAACCUCCUGGCCGCUGUGAAAAAAGAAAGAAAAGAAAGAAACCACAGGCGAACACAGUAAUCACUCAGCACCAAACUUCACCUGUGGAAGAAGAACUGGCACUGUGGCCAUCCUUCACAGAGAAAGACUCAACUCAGGCACAGGCGACAGAGCAAGAGAGACUUCCUGGCCGCUGUGAAAAAAGAAAGAAAAGAAAGAAACCACCGGUGAACACAGUAACCACUCGGCACAAAACUUCACCUGUGGAAGAAGAAGAACUGGCACUGUGGCCAUCCUUCACAGAGAAAGACUCAACUCAGGCACAGGUGACAGAGCAAGAGAGACCUCCUGGCCGCUGUGAAAAAAGAAAGAAACCACAGGUGAACACAGUAAUCACUCAGCACCAAACUUCACCUGUGGAAGAAGACGAACUGGCACUGUGGCCAUCCUUCACAGAGGAAGACUCAACUCAGGCACAGGCGACAGAGCAAGAGAGACCUCCUGGCCGCUGUGAAAAAAGAAAGAAACCACAGGUGAACACAGUAAUCACUCAGCACCAAACUUCACCUGUGGAAGAAGACGAACUGGCACUGUGGCCAUCCUUCACAGAGGAAGACUUGACUCAGGAACAGGCGACAGAGCAAGAGAGACCUUCUGACCAUUGUGAAGAAAAAAAGAUAAGAAAGAAACCAUUGUUGAUAACAGUAACCCCUCAGUGCCAGACCUUAUCUGAUGGAGAUAAAAUAUCGUCGCUGUGGCCAUCCAUCAUAGUAAAAGAAUCGGCUCAGGUCGAGAGGAUAGUGGAACAGAGACCACGUAAGGUACCUUUGCAUCAGGCUCCACAACAUGCUGUCAUCGAAAUGUUGCCUGUGCAAGAAAGGCUAGGAGAGAAAAAUGUGAACCAAACUGAUCAUCCAGAAGUUAUAAUUCAAAGACCUUUACCAAAACUUGCUUGGGUGGACACAGGCAACGUACCAGUAACUCAACUGGAUGAUUUACAGGUGGAUGAAAAAAGCAGGCCUGAAGAUCAAAUGAUGAGAAUAAUAAUGAAUUUUGUGCCAUCAUAUGCUGAGGGAACUUUUUUCCAAAGGAAAAAGAGGAUACCAAAGGUUGCCCUGAAACAUUUUUCACUUACAGAAUGGAGGGUCUAUAGAAAAAGACAGCAGAAAGAAGAGGAAUUAAGAAAACAGAAAGAGAAACAACAGAGACAGGCUCUUCGUGAAAAAUAUUUUAACGAUCCAGCAAUGAAACAUCUGCUAAUUAAUAAGUAUAACAGGUUUAAUAAGAAAAGAUAAUAGGCCAACCUCUUCAUGCAGUCUGCCAUCUAGAUUUACACUCCCUCCCUAUCUAUACUGUAAAUAAAAUCUAUUGAAAAUAUAGCAAAAAA